AUGGCCGAGUCGCAGGUUCCGCCAGGCCCGCCAGGCCCCGUCGUGGCUCCGGUGGCUACCAAGCCUGCUCCUUCAUUAUUGGCUUGUUUGGCAUGCCGCCACAAGCAUCUCAAAUGCGACGGCAAGAAUCCCGUCUGUGGCCGCUGCAGUAUGACCGGCACCGAUUGUCAGUAUACUAAGUCGCGCCGAGGCUACCAAGGGCAUUCCAAGAAACGUCGAGUGGAUCCGUCUCCUGAUGCCACUUCGAUUGAGCCCUUGAACAUCGUCAAUGUUCCGUCUGAUUGGAAUUUCCAGUCCGGCUUCCAUUAUGCCCCGACGCUGGCAAUUUCAUCGUCUUCAUCCGGGAGCCCGGGUACGAACGACGUGUCUGCCAUGGGACCGAACGUUCAACGCCCUCCAACGGAUCCGCUGACCCCGGACUCGUCGGCGUCGGCGGGCGGGGAUGGCUAUCUGCUGGAUAUCUACUACACCUAUUUCCAUUCAGCCCAUCCGAUUCUUCCGCCUUUGCGAUUCCUAUCUCGUCAGCAGCUUCCUGCGUUUUUAGAACAGGUCAUGAAAUUCAUAGCCGCGCAUUUCACUCCAGCAACGUCUAGUGAAAUCUACCGCCCCACCGUGAUUGCGGGGGUGCAGGAGCAGCCAUCGUCAGUAGAAAAAGCCCAAGCUCUCCUCCUACUGUCAAUCGUCCUUCAUUCACGAAAUGAACGCAGCGAGGCAGCAGAAUGCCUGUCUACUGCGGUGGAUACCGCUUUUGAGCUUGGCCUGAACCAGGCUUCCUUUGCAGAUAUAGCCAGUAACGGCGACCCAAUCCGUGCAGAGUGCCUCCGGCGCACCUGGUGGGAAAUCUUCGUGAUUGAGGGUAUGCUCACAGCUCUCGGGGUACAAAAGGUUUAUCGGACAAAUCAAAUACCCCUCGAAGUGGCACUGCCAUGCGAAGAGCGCAUCUACCAGGAAGGGCUCACUCCGCCUCCGCCUCCAGAUAUUGCUCAAUUUGAUGGGCGCAUAUUCGCCGAUGAGGAACACGACUUUUCCUCUUACGCUUAUCGGAUAGAGGCUGUGCGAAUCCUUGGCCGUGUCGUCGCAACACAGAACGUGGUGGAGGGACAGCAAGACCAGGUGGAAGCUAUUGAUGCCCGCAUUGCAAGCUGGUUCCACCACCUGCCUGAAUCGAAGCUGGAACUCAUGCGACCAGAUGGGUCGAUUGAUGAGAUAAUGUUCCAGGCGACAAUGAUAAUCAACGGCGCCUCCAUCUACCUCAACUUCCCACGGUCGGAUCUUUUGUCAUCUCCUGCCGUCGCAUCGGAGGUCAUUUGUGGUCACCAUGGCCCUAUCAGCGUGCCGGCCUUUUCUCACCAUGCUCAUGCUAUGAAAGCAAUCAAAGCUGCGAGUGAGCUGUCAUCCUUGGCAGCUAUCCGUUUACCAGUGGAAAGGCACACGCCCUUCUUCAUCUGCGCUCUAACCCUGAGUUCGAUCGUUCAACUUGCUGCCUGCUCUGUCAAGGCUGGCCGCAUGCCUGACCCCAGCCGUGACCGCAUCGGGCUCACGAUCGGUGUCUUCAAGUCCCUCGGACGCACAUGGGCGAUCUCUCAAUCCAUCAUGCGCCAGAUCAAAGCGGUCUCGCGCGAUGUUCUUGAGAUGGGGGUAAGGCAGAGUAUGGACCAACUGGAUUUGACCUCGAUACUAGAUACCGGCCUAUUCUGGGCAGGAGAUGACCCUAGCUGA